AAAUAAUUUUGCAUAUAUUUUAAAUUUUAAACGUAUAUAAUAAAAUAUAUAAUUAACCCGACCCGGAAACCUUCGUAAGCCUGUGACAGGUCGAUUUUGAGCAAAAGAAAGCAGAGCCUCCGUUUAAAGCAGGGUAAGAAAGUUUGAAGCUUGACUGUCUUUUAGAAGUUGAGAUGGCAGUUAAAGAUUUUGUAGAGGUCUGGCAUUUUGUGUGGUCAAUGGAAUUUUGGAGGAUGGGAGUUUGUUGGACAUUGUCUCUUCUUUUGGCGUAUGCUCGAUUGCUUGGUCAGAGGUUUUUGACUCGAGGGAACAAAUCGUAUGGUCGUUGUUGGAAACACAGUGGUGCUAGAAAGCCUGUCUGCGUGAUCACAGGCGCAACGUCUGGUCUCGGUGCUGCAGCAGCAGCUGAUCUGGCAAGGAAUGGAUUCUAUGUUGUUCUUGUUGGAAGAUCAUCUCAUCUGCUAUCGAAGACUAUUUCUGAGAUCAGAUUGCAAAAUAAAGCUGCGGAUCUCAAAGCAUUUCAUCUAGACUUAUCAUCAUUUGGGUCAAUUUUAAAGUUUGAAGCCAACCUUCAGCAGUGGCUUCUGGAUUCAGAUUUACAUUGUUCUAUACAGAUCUUAAUUAAUAAUGCUGGAAUACUUGCAACGUCAUAUAGAUGCACUCCUGAGGGCUAUGAUCAGAUGAUGGGAACUAAUUAUAUUGGCGCAUUUGCUCUAACAAAGGUUCUACAGCCGCUAUUGGAAAAAAGUCCUACCCCUGCUCGGAUUGUUAAUGUUUCAUCAUUUACACAUUGGAAUGCACUAUCUGGCAUUCGCGUUGACAAGGAAACUGUAUCUGGGAUGUCCUUUUCAAAAUUGAAAUGCUAUCCUUAUGCUCAUAUAUACGAGUAUUCAAAAUUAUGCUUACUACUAUUCACUUACGAGCUUCACCGACAGUUUGAUAUCUUGCAAAAGCCACAUCAGAUAUCUGUAGUUGCCGUAGAUCCUGGAGUAGUGAAAACCAACAUUAUGCGAGAAAUUCCUUCAUGUCUCUCAGAGUCUGCAUUUUUGGUCCUGAGAGUUCUGGGCCUGUUGCAGCCACCUGAAGUUGGGGUAACCUCCAUUGUUGAUGCAGCCCUUUCCCCUCCUGAAGCAUCUGGAUCUUACUUCUUUGGUGGGAGUGGCAGAACUCUUAAAUCCUCUGAACUUUCUUAUGACAAAGACUUUGCAAAAGAACUCUGGAAAACCUCAUGCGAGUUGUUCCUAGAUGCACAGCAGCUAUCUCAGGAGACUUCCAGAUGAUCUCAAGGUGUAUAGAUGCGAUUGAAAUGUUCUUGAUAGUAUGUACUCUAUGCUUUUGUGCUGAACGAGUAUCAGACCGCAAAUGUACAUAAGCAUACACCUUGUCAUCAUAUCACAUUGAACACAGUUUUCUAACACAUUUAUUCAUACAAAAUUGUACAAUUAGAUUCA